AUGGCCACCUCAAAACCACCCAGCAAAAUACGUGACAAAACUGCCUUAUUAAAUGCUGGCCUUGGUGAAGCAUCUAUCCAAUUUUUUCUGGAUAUGAGCCGCUUGGAAUGCCAUGAUAAGAUUUUGGAAAGAUUUCCUAAGUUGAAAGAAACUGGAUAUGAAAUACUGCUUUUUCAAAGGGGAGAUGAUUCUGGUUUUGUUAAUAUUGGUGGUCCACAAACUGCAAGGUGGUUGAAAGAUGCAGCUGGUUCUGCCAAAAUAUAUCUCUGCCCUUUACAAAAAGAUGUUGACAUGGGUUUGAUUGACUCUGAUGAUGAGCCUCAGGUAGAAAUAUGUCAUAUUAAGUGUCACACAUUGGUAUGAGCAUAUCUUUAAUAGCUAACAAUUAUUACCAAAUAAAAGGUCUUGGCAGGGCCAUAGUGACCAGGUUAUGGGUGGUGCAACACCCCCUAAUAAUUGCUCAUGAGCUAUUUCAGGUAGAUAUCCAGUAGAUUUUCAGGUAAUUCUCGGGGCAUAAAAAAGUGAACUCUAUGCUCUGAAUCAAAACUAGAGUUAACAAUCGACCAACCAAAUAUGUUGAGAGGUGUUGUGACAGGUGGGAGACAUGACCAAGGAGACUCCACAUUUCCAAAAUGUUUUCAUUUUCACAGCAACAUUAAACUGUAAGUAAUAAUACUUAUAUUCAUUGUUAGGCAAUACUAACUUAUUUGUAGGAAAGACUCUAAAAAUGCCAUUUUGGAUAGUCAAAUUUUCAAAAAAUUUAGCUUGGCACCAACCAUGGAGGCACUUUUGCAAAGUCUGGUAAAAAUGUUAAGUUGGAAAAAUUCAGGCAAGUCGAACCUCCCCCCCCCCCGACCCGAAGGCAAAGUCAAAACAACAGCGCUGGGUCCAGUGUAUUUUAUAUCUGCUUAAAAAACAUUUUGUUUACAGGAAAACUAAUUUUGACCACAUAUCAUUGUUUUUAAAAUGGUAAAAAAAUCAUGUCUUUUCAGGAUGAGAACAACAUUCGAGAAGUUGAAUGUAUUGAAUGUGGUACACUGGUUCCCAUGAGCUAUUUAACUCCUUGUCGACAAGUAGUUUCGCAUUACAUUACAAUUUAAUUUUUCAAAUGUAAAUAUCGCGGCGAGUAUUUGCCCCCCUUUAAAACAAAACCCACCAUUGUAAUCCUCACAAAAUAACCUUUCGAACGGGGGGUCAAGUGUUGUCGAACAUUAUACAAACCGAAACAAUCAUAUAGUUAUACUCACCGCUUCGCCAAACAUUCAAACGAUAAAAAGAGAAAAAGUUGAAUAUCUUCUAAACUUUUCGUCAUUUUCUGAAAGGCUAUAUGUGCAAAAUACUCUUUGUAUUCAAGCGCUUUAGUGUAGAAAGUUUCAUAUGAAUACGACGAGUAGAAAUAUUUAUUUUGAAUUUUUAAAGUAUCGGGUUUUACUCGCACGCGCUUGUAUUAUGUAAUACUUGGCCAAUAAGGAGCUCCCUUUAGCCGGGAUGACGUCAAACUCACGCGUAUGGGUGCACUUUGACCUGUAGAAUCCAUUUCUGGCAUUUCCAGAGUCACGCGAUACAAGCGUGGCAUUGUUUUGACGAGUUUUCGUCGUAUUUCCGGUUGGGAUUAUCGCAAAUUCGGACCAAAAAUGUAAAAUUCGGCACUAAAAGUCACCCUUUAAGGAUAGAAGCUUGGAAAUAACGUUAUACAUGGCAUUUAUUCAUCAAGAAUAUCGCAAUGAGCAUACGUUUCAAGGGGCCGAAGUUAUAUUCGGCGUAAGGUAUGUUUAUGUUUUUAUAAUUUGUUGGUAAAAUGCGUAAUUUGAUCGUAUUCGAUCUCACUUUACUUUUAAAGCUCAUAAAUCGCUGUAAUGUUGCCAAUGACUAAAACUAUUGCUACGAGUGAGGAGAUCUAGUCACACUGAAUCGAAUGGUGGUAUUUUUGUCCUCAUAGCAUUCAAUGAACCGAAGAUAUUAAAUCGGCAAAGCGUAUUGCUUACAAGCAUUGCGGUAAUAGGGUCGUGUCUUUAAGGAGUUAAAGAAACAUAUUAGUGACAAACAUGGAGUGGAGAUAAAUCCUGUUAAAGUAAGCAAAUUUUAAAAUUUCCCUGAAAUGCAUUUUCUUAUUAGCUAUGUGUGAUUGUAUUGUACAAGUUUAGAGACAACAUACUUUGGAUUGGUCCAGUCUACAAAGUGACAGUAAUGAUAAGGAACAUGUUGAUAUAAAGGAGUGUGAUGAAAACCUACCAGUGCCAGUGUUCAUUCAGUGUUCUAACAGCAUUCGGCGACUUAUAAAUGAUUUUUUGUGAUUAAGUUUUGUUCAAACCUCGUCCUAAAAUACUUGAAAUAGCAUUCUAAUGAACCAAAAAAUUCAAAAUUUUCCUGUGCCUGCACUCUGACCCAACCCCCCAGAUUCGUUGUGGUUUUCGUGCUUGUACCUCAAAAUCUUGAAUGCCAUAAAAAUUCUCCCCCCCCCCUCUCCCCAAUUUUAAAUCCUGGCUAUGCCACUUUGAACCAAAUGUUUGGUGUUUCUCAUUAUUUGAAUGAUAUUGCAAUAAUUUAGAAAGAUAUCAUUGUUGGAAGAAAUGUGUCCAAAUGCAAUAACUGAAGAGAUCAAUGCUGCUCUGUCAAGAGCUAGUGGAGAUGUCAAUGCUGCAGCUGAAAGUUUGCUUGGUAAGCUUUAUCAGAUUUACGAUUGAGCAAUACUCAGGGAUGCCAAGGAUAGUGCAAACUUGACAUGUCAGGAAAUAGUAUAGUUUACUCGCGCAAGAUGACAGACAUAAAUUAUAUAUACACUAACUGAAAGCAUAUAUUUAGGGGUGGAAGAUGACGAAGAUGUAGAAAUUGUUGAAAGUUCCCCAACAUCAUCUGAGAUCAGUGACCCAAAAGCGGCAAUAGCUAAGUUUAGAAGUGAGGUUAUCGACGAAUUAUCUCCUUGACAGCUGUUUUCUGUCUCCCGCUUGGAAGGGUCGGAGGAGCUAAAGCGUGACAUAUUUCUAUGUUAUAAGGGGAAGCGAAACAAAUUAAACGCUCUUCCUAGAAUCUGUGAAUUUUUAUUAUGUGCCAUAAAGAUGGUUGAUGAAGGAAUGAAAAUAUCGUCCAAACCCACUAUGUUUUUCGAGGGAGAAACAGAUCAUCGCAUCCCAUUGCAUGAUCAAGCUUCAUGCGUUACUGGUUCAUUUAAAGCAAUUGGACGAAUAAUCGCACACUCAGCGUUGCAUGGUGGGCCAUCUAUCCAAGGCAUAUCACCAGCAAUUGUUCAUUACUUUUGUAAUUCUGCGAAAGAAUUAGAAGAUAUUGAACUGAGGAAGUGUAUAAGUUGAGGUUCGUCAUUAGUAAAUAUUCUGUUUAAAAACCGAGCACAACUUCCAGAACAAACAAAUUUUCUGAUCUUUUGUCAUUUCAGCUUGAGUCCUCACCGAAUGAUAAAACACUUCCAGAAGACUUAAAGAGCCAAUUGGAGCCGUACCUGCUUGAUGCUGGCCUAGACCCCCAUAAUCAAGAUAGGAAAUUCCUUGUUCAAGGUCUCAUGCUGUACAACGUUAUUAACAAACGGUGUCUAGAAAUUGAAGAUAUUUGUAAAG